AUGAGCAUCCCUCACCUGUUCCGGUGCCCCAUCAGCCUCGACCUGUUCACCGACCCCGUCACCCUCAGCACCGGCCAGACUUACGACCGGCUCAGCAUCGAACGGUGGCUCGCCGGCGGCAACCUCACAUGCCCCGUCACAAUGCAGAGGCUUACCGACCCGUCGCUGGUUCCAAACCACACCCUCCGCCACCUGAUCGACCAGUGGCUCCUCGACGGGCCCAACCGGAGCCCCCAUCAAGAGCCGACGAGGCGCGUCGACCACGUCGGCUUCUCCCUCGCCGCGCUCAAGCAGAAUCUCCAGUCGCCCUCCGGCGGCGCCGCUGCCAAGGUGGAAACACUCCGUAAGAUCAGAAUCCUGGCAAUGGAGUCCGACGUCGGCCAGUCCUGUCUCAUCCAGUUGGGUUUCCUCUCCUUCCUGCUGCGAUUGCUGUUCCAGAACCAGGCUACGCCAUGGGUCGACAACCUCGAACUCGCGGAGCUGGCACUCGACUGCAUCCUUAGCUUGUCCCCCUCCACGCAGGAGGCCCCCCUGAGCAUGAUCAAGGAGCCGUCAUCUCUGGCUUCACUGGUGACGCUCCUCGAGGGGGGGAACAUCAAGAUUAAAACCAGUCUCUGUUAUCUGCUGGACGCGAUUUCCUACUCUCCGCAGUCCGAGGAGCUCUGCCUGGUCAUUGGGCAGAACCGGCAGGUCCUCCAGGGGCUCGUCUGCCUCCUCAACGACCGCACCGCCGCCACCGUCCCCGCCGCCGAAGCGGCGGUGAGGGCUAUCUCAGGCCUCUGCUCCCUAGAGCCCAAUCAAGAUUGCGCCAUCAGAAGCGGCGUCGUCGACGGGCUCGUCGGGUAUCUAUCCCAUUCUACGCGACGGAACGCCGCAAAGGCGUUGUCGACGCUGGAGCUCCUCGUGGGUCUGGAGAGCGGCAGCAAGGCCCUGCUCAGGAACAACGGCGCGGUGCGCGUGCUGGUGAAGAUGAUCUUCCUCGUCUCCGACGACCACCAGGGCGGCGAGCACGCGGUGGGGGUGCUGCUCACCGUGUGCCAGGCCUCUGCGCAGGCGCGGGUGGACGCCGUCAACGCCAGGGUGCUCACGCAGCUCCUGCUGCUGCUCCAGAGCCAGUGCAGUCCCAAGGCCAAGAACAAGGCCCGGGCCCUGUUGAAGCUCCUGAGCUCCAUGUGGAUCGAGGACCCAAGAGUCUGUAACAGUCUGAUCUAG